CCCUAACCCCGGGGUUUUGGGUGCCAGUCCCAUUGCCAGGAGCGCAUCCCGGGCCAUGUUCUCCAAGAAGAAGAAGCGGGUGGAGAUCUCGGCGCCGUCCAACUUCGAGCACCGGGUGCACACGGGCUACGACCCCUCGGAGCAGCGCUUCACGGGGCUGCCCCGCCAGUGGCAAGGGCUGCUUGAGGAGUCCGCCCGGCGCCCCAAACCCCUCGUGGACCCUGCCUGCAUCACUGCCAUCCGCGGGGCCCACAAGCCCAUCGUGCGCGGCUCCAAAGGGACCCAGGAUGGGACCCCCGGGGGCCGGGACGGGACCCUGGCGUGGCUCCUGGACGAGCUGGAGGCCGUGUCCGUGUCCCGCUCCAACUCCCUGCGCCGGGACAGCCCCCCCUGCCCUUCCCGGCUCCCCCCGGAGAACGGCCUGGCCCCAGGACCCCCCCGCUCCCGCCCGGAGCCUGGCAGGAGCCGCCACAGGGACGCAGAGCCGAGCCCCCCCCAGUCCCAGCAGCGGGAGGACCCCAAAGCUGCAGCCGGGCAGGAACCCCCUCACCCCCACCCUCAUCCUGGGGGCCGCCCCAAAUCCAGUUCGGCCGGAGAGGGGCCCCCCCGGCCCCCACCCCGCGAGCAGCGCCCACUCUCAGGGCCCGACCUGCGGCCCCCCGACAUUCCCGGUGUUCCUGGUGCUCCCGGAGCAGGGCUGAAGACAGCGCCCGGACGCCCUUUCCACACCUACCCCCGUGCCGACACCGAUCCCGGCCGGGGGGGCAGUGCCCAGGCCGAGCACCGCCCAGGACGCCCGCAUGAGGUGACCCCCAACGGGCCGGUCCCUGCCAGCGUUCCCAGUGCCUCCCACGCCCCACGCCCCAAAGCCCCGGAGCCAUCUCCCCCCGGCCCAGAGCCCCCAGCCCCGCGUGCCCCUGGCCCCGCUCCCGCCCCUGCGGGGGGGACCCAGCGCGUGUCCCACGAGCAGUUCCGGGCAGCACUGCAGAUGGUGGUGGAUCCCGGAGACCCCCGCACAUACCUGGACAACUUCAUCAAGAUUGGCGAGGGCUCCACGGGCAUCGUCUGUAUCGCCACAGUGCGCGGCUCCGGCAAGCUCGUGGCCGUCAAAAAGAUGGACCUGCGCAAGCAGCAGCGGCGGGAGCUGCUCUUCAACGAGGUGGUGAUCAUGCGGGACCACCAGCAUGAGAACGUGGUGGAGAUGUACAACAGUUACCUGGUGGGCGACGAGCUCUGGGUGGUCAUGGAGUUCCUGGAGGGUGGCGCACUGACAGACAUUGUCACCCACACCAGGAUGUCGGAGGAGCAGAUCGCAGCCGUGUGCCGCUCGGUGCUGCGGGCGCUCGCUGUGCUCCACGCCCAGGGCGUCAUCCACCGCGACAUCAAGAGCGACUCCAUCCUCCUCACGCAUGAUGGGCGGGUGAAACUCUCAGAUUUUGGGUUCUGCGCCCAAGUGAACAAGGAGGUGCCACGGCGCAAGUCCCUGGUGGGGACCCCAUACUGGAUGGCCCCCGAGCUCAUCUCACGCCUGCCCUAUGGCCCGGAGGUGGACAUCUGGUCUCUGGGGGUGAUGGUCAUCGAGAUGGUGGAUGGGGAACCCCCUUAUUUCAACGAGCCCCCCCUCAAAGCCAUGAAGCUCAUCAGGGACAACCUUCCCCCACGGCUCAAGAAUGGCCACAAGGUGUCCCCAUCGCUGAAAGGUUUUCUGGAGCGGAUGCUGGUGCGGGACCCGGCGCAGCGGGCGAGCGCCCCAGAGCUGCUCCGCCACCCCUUCCUGGGUGUCGCGGGCCCCCCUGCCUGCAUUGUGCCCCUCAUGCGGCAGCAUCGGCUGCGGUGAGAUCCCCUGCCCCGGGGGACACCCCCCACCUCCCUCCUGCUCCUCCUCCUCAGCAGCACCCCCAAACCGGAGCGGGACUGGGAUGUUCCUGGGCCCCCCAACCUGUACUACUGAGCUGGGGACCCCAGAGCAGAGAUUUUGGAGGAGAGAGGGGAUGCGGCGGUCAUCCCAGAGAUUUGGGGGUGCAGGGGCUCAUCCUAGUCCCUCCCACCUUUGGGACCCAUUUUGGGGCAUUUCCCCCUUUUUUGUUUUUUUUUUUUUAAGCGCCCUCUUUUCUACCCCCCUUGGGCACUGGGGUAUGUCCCCCCUACAUCUCCAUGAGAGGGGGGUCUCUGAAACUACAGUAGCCUCCUGCCACACCACACUACUGAUUCGGAGUGUGUCCCCCUCCAGGGCCCUCCUCGCCUGUUUUUGUUGAUUUUGCGGUUUUUUUGCUGGUUCCUUCCGCCUGGAACAUCCCCCUGCCCCCAAGGUUUUUGUUUUUUAACAAAGUGAUAUUUAUAUGGUCAGGUUUUGUACCGCGCGGGAUGGGGGGCCCUGGGGGGGACACGGGGCCCCCCCAAAUUACACGUGUCCUUUUGGA